UUUCUUUGAAUCGACCGCUAGAAUCGUAUAGCUCCUCCUCUUACUUUCACUUUCGAAAUGGCUAACCUUGCUCUUCCCGCUGGCAUUGAGACCGAUGGCGCUGUCCGCCUCUUCAACAAGUGGUCCUACGAUGAUGUUGAGGUCAAGGAUAUCUCCUUGAUUGACUACAUCCAGGUCAAGGCUCCCGUCUACUUGCCCCACACCGCUGGUCGCUUCGCCUCCAAGCGUUUCCGCAAGGCCCAGUGCCCCGUCGUUGAGCGUCUCACCAACUCCUUGAUGAUGCACGGUCGCAACAACGGAAAGAAGCUCAUGGCUGUCCGCAUUGUCAAGCACGCUUUCGAGAUCAUCCACUUGCUCUCUGACCAGAACCCCAUCCAGGUCCUCGUCGAUGCCAUCAUCAACACCGGUCCCCGUGAAGACUCCACCCGUAUCGGUUCCGCCGGUACCGUCCGUCGCCAGGCCGUCGAUGUCUCCCCUCUUCGCCGCGUCAACCAGGCCAUCUCCUUGUUGACCAUCGGAACCCGUGAGUCUGCUUUCCGCAACGUCAAGUCCAUUGCUGAGUGCCUCGCUGAUGAGCUCAUCAACGCCGCUAAGGGCUCCUCCAACUCCUAUGCCAUCAAGAAGAAGGAUGAGUUGGAGCGUGUUGCCAAGUCCAACCGUUAAAGCGCUUUUUUCGCCCUAUAUUUUACGGAAUAUACUUUGCCACACACUUUACAAUGUAUCGUUUUCGCUUUUUUGUCGUCUCCAAUAAAGCAUGGAAAUUUGCAUGUAGUCAAUCAUUCCAAAUGCUGGGUGCUUCUGUAUUGCUUAAAUAAAUAGUCUCG